GGCAACCUUUAAACCCUUGACCUUAUAUUACACACCUUGCUUCCAUACGCUCACCUUCCCCUCUUCUGCCUGCACGCACGCUCUCGCCCACACUCUUUAGUCCUGUCCUGCUCCUCAAGUGAUAGCGCGGUCACGUCGCUGCCUGCCCCCAAAGCCUCAAGACCCGACCUUGCUUGUCCCUGAACAUCCUAUUGUCCUGUUCUGAGCCCAUGGACUACCUCGCGGUUCCAACUGACGAGAGGGCUACCACCCCUACUGCAAGCAUAGACUCCGCAGAGACUAUCUCGAGCAUUCCCUCGACGAGCGGCCUGGAUGCCGCUCUCGCUGCGGCCAGUCAGCGCGCUCUAAGCUAUGAGAUGCAGAUCAAAGACCUGGAGGGAAAGCUCGCUGAAGACCUGAGUAACUCCAGAGCGAUAGAUAACCUCCUUCGCGAAGUCGUCCAAGGACUCCAGCAAACCCAAAAACGCUCGUCCACGGCACUCACGUCCACCGUUCCAUAUAUUGACCGCACGCUUCAGGAGGACCUCGAGACGCUGCACGACCUUGGCAACGCGCUGCCAGAGAUUGGCAUGCAAGUCAAACAUAUUCGGCAGGUCUAUGACCACGGACGUGACAAGGCUCAAGAGCUUGUGGACAGCUUGGAGUGGCUGAACACUCCAAUACCGCUCCGCCUACGCACCAUCAUUUUCACCUCGAAUGCCCCGGUCAGUGCCCGGUGGAAGGUCCUUAUUCGCUUCUUGUUCACUCUGGCAUUCCUCAUGUGCAUGUGGAUUGCAUGGAUAACGUUGCGCGGUGCCGUGCGGGCGCAUCGCCAACGUCUCGUCUGGGGCGAGCGACUCAUGAGUUAACUCCCCUACGGAAUCACGGAUUCCUAUUCUCUCAUCGUUUCCCCCGCAUUUCCGACAUUACUUUCCUUCUAGUUCAUAUCCCCGUGAGUUCUAAUGCCCUGCUUUUUCCGCAAGCAUAUCUCGUUCAUCUCUUACCCACGUGCGGUAAUAUCCCGCAUCAUUCUUUCUCUUUAUUGCUCCUUCACAAUCAGCAUAGUCUCCAUCUCGCAAGUCCCUCGGACAUUCACGACAUGGCUGUAACAUUAUUGUUGUAAAUAUAUGCAUAGAUGGCUCCCUGACAACUUCUGUUACGACAUAGGAAACGCGCGCGGGCGGAAGCUUCUGGUGGCUGAUUCAUGCUCUAGCCCCGCAACCGCAUGGACAAGCAGCUUACGGAUGCUACGACGAGAGCACUAUUUGAAGUCCGGCCGUUUCUUGGCGGCUGGCGGCUCAG